AUGGUCAAUUGUAAGUUUAUUAAAUUGGAUCAACCUGACGAAAAUGGCUUUUGUUUCUACAUAUUACAUAAAGGUCACCAUGAACAUCAAAAACCUAUUCAAAACAAACCAUUCAACAAUGAAAUAGAUAUGUUCAAAAAACGCGUUUCUGCAGCACCAGAUACUUUACCCCGAAAAUUACAUGUUGGACAGUCCUUGGAAAAAAAUAAUCCACUUUCUUCA